GUCUGAACGAGAGCAGGAGAGGGAGAAGAAUUCAGGACUUGAAGAUAUGAAACUCAAACCAAGCAUCGCAUCAAGAUCUGGCAGGAACACCGGAGACAUCAGGACGCAAUUUGAAGACAUGAGACUCAAACGAAGCAUCGCAUCAAGAUCUGACAUAUACUGGAGUCAUAAGGACGCGUAUGUUUGUCAUUUUGUUUUGUGGUGAGAGGUUCACUGGGCAUGGAAAGGGCAGGUCAUGAAGGGAUUUUUAAACAGAAUUUGAGAAUUUAAGUUCUUAACAGACAGAUGCAGGUCUUUGAGGAAAAUGGUGAUGGGUAUGCCGAUGGGACUUGGAGCGGAGCGCAUAGAUUCCAGAGAUUUAAGGUAAUCACUGACUUCUGAGGGCUUGAAUGUAGGAGGCUAAGCAGGACUUUAUUUGAGCAGUGCAAUAUGGAAGGAACAAAUGAAUGGACAAGAGUUUCAGAAGAUCAGCUAAGAGGAUCAGUGGGCAAGUUGAGCGGUGUUACUUAGAUGAAAACCUGAGGUCUUGGAGAUGGUAAAGAUAUUUAACCAUGGAACUGCACGAGCGAAAUAUGAUACCAUUGCUGCAGGCUCCUGGUUCGGUAUAAGACAAUUGGCAGGGAGUUAAUUGGAGUCAGUGGUAAAGGAAUGAGAUUUAUAGCACGCACUGAAGAUAAUGUCUUCAGACUCCCUAAUAUAAAAAUCGGGGAGGUUUAUUCUCACCCUGUACUGAAUGUCAGACAAGUCAGUUGUAGUCUUUUACUCACAUCCACCUCUACCAUCUCUUUCCCCUUUCACAGAGGCCAGCCCAGGUUGCAUGAACCAAUUGGGUAUUUGUGACGAUCCAGUACAUUUCAUGGUCACUUUUAACUUGCAUUAGCUGCACAAAUUUCCAUUUUCAUUCAGCUCAAUUUCACAACCUACAUUUUGUGUUUUUUUGGGGUUUUCUCACACUUCCUUUUCCUGUUCAAAAUCAAUUUCACAGGAUAUUAGAAGGUGACUGAAACCAAACACCACAUUCAAUCCAAUUUGCUGCAUUUAAAAAUCAUCAGGUUAUCAUGGAAAGAAAUGACACCAUCCACAGUGCAGAGAAACCGCACAUGUGCUCUCUAUGUGGGCAGGGUUUCAGCUGAUCAUCUGGCCUGUCAAAACACAAGCACAGUCAAACUGGGGAGAAACCGUGGAAAUGUGGGCACUGCGGGAAGGGAUUCAGCUACCCUUCAAAGCUGGAAACUCACCAGUGCAGUCACACUGGGGAGAGGCCAUUCACCUGCUCUGAAUGCGGGAAAGGAUUCAUUCGGUCCUCCCACUUGAUGAGACACCAGCGCACUCACACUGGGGAGGGACCAUUCGUCUGCUCUGAGUGCGGAGAGAAAUUCACUCUGCAUUCCAACUUCAUGAUUCACUGCCAAAUUCAUAGCGGAAAAAUACCUUUCACCUGCCCUGUGGAUGGGCAGCCAUGCAUUGAUUCAUCUACCCUGCAAAACCAACGUGUUCACACUUUUGAGAGACCUUUCAAAUGUCAAGGCUGUGGGGUGUGCUGUCAAAGUUCUGUGGAACUGAUGGCCCAUCAGCAGGUCCACACUGAUAAAAGACCAUUCAGAUGCUCUUACUGCGGGACUGGGUUCAAACACUCGUCUCAACUCAUCGUACAUGAGCGCCUUCACACUGGGGAGAGACCUUUUAAAUGCACAGACUGCGGGAAGUGCUACAAAAGUUCUGGGGAACUGAUGUCCCAUCAACGGGUUCACACUGACGAGAGACCGUUCAGAUGCUUGCAUUGUGGGACCGGCUUCAAGCACUCAUCUCAACUCACUGCACACCAGCGAAUUCACACGGGAGAGAGGCCAUUCACCUGCUCUGAGUGUGGGAAGGGAUUUGCUCAAUCAGCUGAUCUGCUGACUCACCAGCGGGUUCAUACGGGGGAGAGGCCUUUCACAUGCUCUGAGUGUGGGAAAGGAUUCACUCGCUCCUCACACCUGGUGACACACCAGCGGGUUCACACUGGGGAGUGGCCGUUCACCUGCUCUGAAUGUGGGAAGAAAUUUACUCAGCUCGCCCACCUGCUGACUCACCAGCGAGUUCACAAUGGAGAGAGACUUUUUCAGUGCGCAGACUGUGGGAAGUGCUACAAAAGCUCUUGGGAACUCAUGUCCCAUCAACGUAUUCACUACGAUGAGAAACCGUUCAGGUGCUCUCAUUGUGGAAUAGAGUUCAAGCGGUCAUCUCAACUCACUGCACACCAGCGAGUUCACACCGACAAGAGACCCUUUAAAUGUCCUGAUUGUGGGAAGUUUUUCAACAGGACUGAUGGACUGGCAUCCCAUCGAGAAAGAAUUGAGAGGCUGGGUCCCUUUUCACUGGCAAAGGACGAUGACUUCACAGAGACCUUUAAAAUGAUCAUCAGUUUCCUCUUGUGUGGAGCAGCGCAACUGAAGGCUGCCAACACACCUAAAAGCUUCCAAGCUGCUUCACCCAUGAGUCAAAGCUUGGUCAAAGAGAUCAAUUUUCACCAGUAUCUGGAAGUAGGAAAGGGAGGGAAUUCCAGAGCCUUGGCAACUGAGUGCAUAACCAGCAAUGAUGGGAGUGAUCAGCAGAGUGGAAGCAAUGGUGUGAUCUUUAUCCAGGAAAGGGGCAAUAGAGAAAGGAGACAGGAAAUGCAAACUCGACUCAAAGAAUCUGUACAUCUUUUCAUUUACCCCAAACCCCCAGGAAGUGACCAGUGUGCUGCCUCCAUCCCUCAACAUGCCACUGGACCCCUGCUGAGUUUGGCCAUGUACAGGUUUGUCACCAAGCUGGAUGAUUGGUUAAAAUCACGACCACAAGCAGAACACACGUAUGGUUUCUUCCCACGCAGCAUUGUGGGAACACUUUCACCACAUGGACUGCAGAGCUUCAUGAAGGUCAAGUAUUGUGUUCUCCAGAUGCCACUGGGAAUUGCCACUGCCCGGUUCAUUGGUUUCACCGAUCCGCCUGAUCCUCACCGUUUGUUGAUUCUAACAAAUAAGACAGUGACCAUCGACGACCUAAAAAGAGGUCAACUGCGCAUGUGCCGUGCUGUUUGGGCCUUCUGCCACGCACCGCGCAUGCUCCAAUUUCGCUGGGCCCGACUGAUUGACAGCGACUGCGGACCAAUAGAAACAAAAAGGGGCGGAACUGGAGGACAGAUCUGGCGCGCAAAACUGAUGGAUAAAUUUAAGGUAGAGACCAUUGGCCUGAUUGAGGAUGAUGUACACAAGAAAUUGAGGGGAACAGGUUCCAGGAGAACUAUUGCGUUCACUGCUCAAAAUGUGGUGUGCUCUAUAUUGGAAUCAGCAAAUACUGACCAGGUGAUUACUUCACGGAACAACAGCCAUUCAGUCUGCAAACUGAAACCUGAGCUUCCAGUCAGUUGUCAUUUUAAUAUCUACCCCACUCCUACUCUGACAUCUGUGUCCUUGGCUCUCUCCCCUGCUCCAAAAGAAGCUCAAAGCAAGGUCGAGGAACACCUUCGACAUGUUACUGAUGACGAUGAACAUCUCACCAGGGAUAUCCUGACACCUCCACUUCUCAGCUUCGAACCACCACCAAACAGACCAUCAUUUGCAGCAAACUACCCAGCCUUCAGGAGAACAGCGACCACAACACUACACAACUCUGCCAGGUACCCUGGAAGUUCCCGAAAUCCCUCGACAGAAAAUCCAAAGAGGGAGCAUUUCUCUUGCAACCAGGCGCUCCGCCACGUGCCGAACGAAGCUUUUGUUCGAGCUCCAGUUGUGAAGAUUGAUAUGGAAGGAAAUAACACUGUUCACAACGGGGAGAAACCGUACACGUGUCCUCUGUGUGGACGCGGUUUCAGCCGAUUAUCUGGCCUCUCAAAACAUAAAUGCAGUCAGGAUGGGGAGAAACCGUGGAAGUGUGGGGACUGUGGGAAGGGAUUCCAGUACCCUGGCCAACUGGAAAUCCACCGGCGCAGUCACACUGGGGAGCGGCCGUUCACCUGCUCGGACUGCGGGAAGGAAUUCGCUCGGUUGUCCACUCUGCUGACACACCAGCGAGUUCACACCGACAAGAGACCUUUCAAAUGUCCAGACUGCGGGAAGUGCCAUAAAAGUUCCGGGGAACUGAUGUCCCACCAGCUUGUUCACACCGACGAGAGACCGUUCAGGUGCUCUCACUGCGGGACUGGCUUCAAACGGUCGUCUCAACUCAUUGUGCACGAGCGCAUUCACACAGGAGAGAGGCCCUUCACGUGUUCGAUGUGUGGGAAGGGAUUCACUCAGUCAACCCACCUGCUGAAACACCAGCGAAUUCACACCGGGGAGAGGCCGUUCACCUGCGCCGUGUGUGGGAAAGGGUUCACUCGGUCCUCCAACCUUCUGACGCACCAGCGAGUUCACACUGGGGAGAGACCUUUCAAUUGUCCAGACUGCGGGAAGUGCUUUAAAAGUUCCAGUGAACUAAUGCGCCAUCAACGUGUUCACACUGACGAGAGACCGUUCAGGUGUUCUCACUGUGGAACUGGCUUCACACGAUCAUCUGACCUCACUGUACACCAGCGAAUUCACACUGGGGAGAGGCCGUUCACCUGCUCCAAGUGUGGGAAGGGAUUCACUAAGUUAUCCAACUUGUUGGCGCACCAGCGUAUACACAAUUGUUUCUGCCUUUUCCAGCUGACUGUUGAUCAACACUUGACUGGAGCUCGAAAAGGACAACCUGGGGGAUAUUCAAAGAGGAUGUGCUGUGACAUCACCCACUCCCUGGAGAGGUCCUUAACUGUGAAAUUUUUCUCUGAUUCCAAUGCUUCUGAUAUCAUUCCAGUUGCAGUGACAGAGCCUUCAUUCCCUUCUGGGAGAGAUAUCAACAGUUGUGUGACUGGAGGAGAUCAGAGACAUAGUGCUGGUCACAAACAGGAAGGAAAAGAGCAAGUGGCUGCAGAGUUUGAAAGUAAAGUUGCUCAUACUGUCGUGGCUUAUGACAGAGGCGGGUUUGCACUGUACAGACGGGUUCUGAUAGCAUCACCGAGGAGCCUGAAUUGUAUUUUGAACAUGGAAGGAAAAAGCAGCAUUUCCAGUGGGGAGAAACCAUGGAAAUGUGGAGACUGUGGGAUGGGGUUCAAUUACCCAUCUGUGCUUGAAAGGCAUCAGCGAAGUCACACUGGGGAGAGGCCAUUCACCUGCUCAGACUGUGGGAAGGGAUUUGCUCGGUCUUCUACCCUAAUGAGACACCAAAGAGUUCACACUGGGGAGAGGCUGUUCACCUGCUCUGACUGCGGGAAGGGAUUCACUCAGUUAUACCACCUGCUGACACACCAGCGAGUUCACACUGGGGAGAGGCCAUUCAGCUGCUCUGAGUGUGGGAAAGGAUUCACUCAGUUAUCCCAUCUGCUGCUACACCAGCGGGUCCAUACUGGGGAGAGGCCUUUUAAAUGCCCUGACUGUGGGAAGUCCUUUAAAAGUUCCAGGGACCUGAUGCGUCAUCAACAUGUUCACACUGAUGAGAGACCUUUUAAAUGUUCAGACUGUGGGAAGUGCUAUAAAGGUUCCACAGAACUGAUAUGCCAUCAGCGUUUUCACACUGAUGAGAGACCAUUCAGGUGCUCUCACUGUGGGUCUGGGUUCAGAACAUCUUCACAGCUGACUGUACACCAGCGAGUUCACACUGGGGAGAGACCAUUCAUCUGCUCCGUCUGUGGGAAGAGAUUCACUCAGUCAUCCAACCUGCUGAAACACCAGCGAGUUCACACCGGUGAGCGACCUUUCACCUGCUUAGUGUGUGGAAAGGGAUUCAGUCAGUCAACCACCCUGCUGACACAUCAGCGAGUUCACACUGGGGAGAGGCCAUUUGCCUGCUCCGAGUGCGGGAAGGGAUUUGCUGAUUCGUCCACUCUGCGGGCACACCAGCGAGUUCAUACCGGGGAGAGGCCUUUCACCUGCUCCCAGUGUGGGAAGGGAUUCACUCAGCUAUUCCACCUGCGGAGACACCAGCGAGUUCACACCGGGGAGAGACCGUUCUCCUGCUCUGAGUGUGGGAAGGGAUUCACUCAGUCAUCCCACCUGUUGAAACACCAGCGUGUCCAUGAGGAGCUGCAGUGAUUGGAUUUAGCUGUCAAUUGUAUUAAUCGCACAAUCCUCCAGAUUGGGGCAAGGAGCAGUUUAGUAAUUGAUGUAUGCUGCUGAGUAUUAACAGAUUCAAACAGCCGAGUGAAACUCUCUCUUCCUCAAGUCCUCAAAAACAUUGCAUAAAUUAUUACAGCUGAAAUAUUAUGGUAUAAGGAGCAAAAGGUUUAAGGCAAAGACUUUCCCCACAUUGAAGUGUUGUCAACAGUGUGGUUCUGAAGGCACAUGUAGCGUGAAAGUAUGGUAAAGAGGAGUAGAGCUGCUUAGGAACCAGAAAGGAAAUUCACUUAAUGAAGCAGGGAACAUAACAGAGGGGAGUGCAGUGAAGGGGUGGGGGGAAUGUCAGUUGAGGUGGGGUCAUGAGGAAAAGGAGGUCAGUUAGAAUAUUGGAUCUGGGGGUGGAUGUUGUUGAGUCUGACAGGGCUGGGGUGGGUGUUUGGAGCAGUUGAGCAGGGGGAUGUCAUGUUGGUAGAUGGAGAUGUUUUUGAAUCUUGGGUGUCUUGAGGGUGUAGUUGAGUGGUCCAGUGAUGCGUCAGUUUAAAAAUUAUGAGUUUGAGCUGGUUAUAAUCUCAUUUUUUCUGAGUAGCUAUUAUCCUUAAGUCAGUUCAGACCUCGCUCUUUCGGUCACUGUCAGCAUCUCCAACAGUGCAGGAUACUUUCAGACUCUGUUUGUAUCUCUGACAUUGCAGAACACUCUGUCUCCGUGAGCACCUCUGACAGUGCAGGACUCUCUUAAUCUCUGUCAGCACCUCUUAAGUGUACAGGAUUCUGUUUUUCUGUGCAAGUGUUGGAUAAGAUAGUGGUACUUAGGUUAAAGAGUGGAAUUUGACCCCUCAAACUUCCAAUGCAGUGGUUAUAGUGCAAAUAACAGUGAAAGCAGUUCAAACAAUUGAACUGAACAGAAUGAAUGGGAGGAUUAGAGGAUAUUUGUAAAGUAAUUUAUUUGAUCGAGGAGAGGUUGAGAUCUGCAAAUCAGUACCUGAACCAGUGGGGAAAAGAGAAAUUCCCGUUGGAUUAAAGAGGAAGAUACUUGAAAAGCCAUUUGAGGUAUUGGGAUGAUACCCAGCCAGAUAUUUAUUGAAUUUGAGAAAGAAACAGAAAUAUUGUAGAAUCAGUGAUUUUGUUCAUUGAAGCUAGAGUAAACUUGCAAAAGUGUGAAAAAACUCAUGACUCUGGGAGAAUUCAGUUGCAUUCCAGUAACAAUUAAAUCCUACCUAGAUGACUACUCCUAAGUACGGAACUGAAGCAACAGUAGUUUGAGCAGAAGCAGAUGAUAUUUCUCACAGGCUGUGAAGUGGUCAAAUUUUGGCUCAUGGAAAACCACAGAGUAGCUGGAGGAAUAAACAAGGAAUCU